AUGUCAAUUUCAACACUAGACACCUCAAUAGAACAUAAUUCAGCAGAGGUAAAUGGGUCUACCAUUUCUGUUAUGGACUUUUUAUCAAAGAUUAAAAGUGAUGAGGCGAGUGAAGAAGAGGUAGAUCCUGAGGCUAGAUCGGAUUUAAUAAAAGAAAUUGUUGAACUCCAAGGGGGUUUAAAAGCUUUAAUUCAAAAAAUGGAAUCAGUAAAAGAUGAUCAUGAUCAAAUGCAAUCAGGAAACCAAAUCCUACAAACUUAUAUUAACAAUUUAAUGUCUUCCAAUGUGUUGAAUCCUGUGAAUGGUGGAAAGAAAGAUA